CACUACAAAUUUAAAUCUACUUUGGACUAUGAUACUGUGUCGUUUGACGGACUGCAUAUUUCGGUGGCAGAUUUGAAAAAGGCCAUAUUUCAUCAAAAACGUAUCGGCAAAAAUACAGACUUUGACCUGCAAAUUACAAAUGCGCAAACGAAGGAAGAUUAUACGGACGAUAACGCGCUAAUUGCAAAGAAUACCAGUCUUAUUGUCGCCAGAGUUCCAUUAACGGUACAACAGAAACGUUCUUGGGAUCGAAAUGAAACUCCUCCGUUUAGUAAUGUAAAGGAUGAAACUAACUUGGGCAGAGCCGUAGAUCUCACGAGAUUGGAUGGCUCAGAGGAGGAUAAAAUCCGUGCCAUGAUGACGCAAUCGACUCAAGACUACGAUCCAUCAAAUUAUAUGAAAAUUCGUGGAGCCAAUCAGACUGGGGAUGUGCCUGCAAAUUACCGUUGUUACAAAUGCCACCAGCCUGGACAUUGGAUAAAAAACUGUCCACUGGGCACGAAUCAAGAGCCAAUUGAAAUUAAGAAAAGCACUGGUAUUCCCAGAAGUUUUAUGGUACCAGUUGAAGGACCUUUGGUGCCUGGUGCUAUGAUGACACCUACGGGACACUAUGCUGUUCCUGCUAUUGAUCAUCAAGCUUACAAGGAAGGUAAGAAGGAACGACCACCAUUUUCGCAAGAUCCAGAACCUGUGGUAGAGAAGCCCGAGAUACCAGAGGAUUUGUUAUGCAAUAUCUGCAAAGAUCUUUUAACGGAUGCAGUGAUGAUUCCAUGUUGCGGAAAUUCCUUUUGUGACGAAUGUAUUCGUACAUUUUUGUUAGAAUCCGAAGAACACGAAUGUCCAGAUUGUAAUGAGAAAGAUGUAUCACCGGAAACACUUAUACCAAAUCGAUUUCUACGUAAUGCAGUAAUGAAUUUUAAGAAUGAAACUGGUUACGCCAAAAGACAAACGUAUCGGCCUCCCGCUCAAAAUGCUGGACAAAUCACUGUACCAACCGAUCAGCCAAAAACUGAAACGCAGCAAGUUGCGGGUCACGUAUCUUCUCAAGCUAAAACUGUACAGUCAUCCGUUGCUCCUGACGCACCGUCGCAAGAACCUGUAGAUCCACUGCAAUCCACUGAUCCUGAAUCUGCUUCGCAACACUUUCCAACCAACAUCUCUGGUUCGCAGCCACAGUCAUCAACCACUCUGCCUGAAUCCACUUCAGAGUCACACUUGCAAAGUGACUCGGUAACAAAACUAACAACUGAUGAGGAAACUGAGGUGCCUCCUCCUCCAGGAACAGAGCCGCUACUCCCGAUCCCCGCCCUCGUGAGUUCGCCAGAGAGAGAACGCGAGCGAAGCGAUCCCUCUAGCCGCGAUAAGAAGGAACGAGAUAAUGAAUAUUCGGAAGAACGUCAAUCGAGAGAACGUCGACGAAGUUUCAGCAGGGAUGGACAUCGUGACAGAAGUGGAGAGCGUGGUCGUAGGAUUGAAAAUUUACGGCCGUUAAAUCGCAACCGAAAUCGAUCCUUAUCGCCCAGGCACUCCCAGCACGGCGACUAUCCAUCCUCGAGCGUGGUGUUACCUCACUUAAUGAACCCACCUCCUUCCAAAAGCUAUCAGGGACAUUUAGCGGACGAUGGACAUUAUCCGCCUACUAUGCAUUAUGACAGUGGAAUACAUAGAUCUAACGAAGACCGUGCGGGCACUCCAACGGUCGAUGAGCCGCAUUUGCACGUCCCUUCAUCCGGCAAUCAACCACCGUUAUUGCCUUUUCCACCGGGCGAAGAGCGUAUUCCGCCGCCGAAUUACAAUCAGCCACCGCCAAAUGUACCUCCGCACAAUCCUCCACUUUUGCCGGAUCCUUAUAUGAGUCAUCGAAUACCGAUAUAUCCACAUCAGCAGGGGUCGCAUUACGGACCGCCGAGGUACGAUAGACCUUAUCAGCAGCAGGGAUAUCGACCGUCUCAGCCACCCCGAAAUUAUAACGGGCCACCGAGACCAAUGAGAGGAUUGCAUCACAUGGGGUAUAGAAAUUUGCAACCACCGCCACCUGGACUAGGUAGAAAUAUACACAAUGGGAAUCCACCUGGAAUUAUUGACGAUCCAUUGGAAGCAUUCGAACGAAUGCUUAGAGAGAAGGAUGAGAGAGAUCGACGUUUAGGGAAGCACAGAAGAAGAAGCAGAACGCGAUCUCGAUCACGUAGUUACAGUCGAUCUAGAUCGCGCUCCUUUGGCCGCAGAUCACCUUUUGCAUCUCGCAUCAGUCGAUCUCGUAGUCCGCCGUCGAAACGGAGAUCAUCGAGGUCACCAUUACCGCUCCGACCUCGUAGUCGCACCCCAAAACGUAGAUCAAGAAGCGGCAGCUUCUCUAUCAGCAGAUCUAGAUCGUAUUCCCGCAGUCAGUCACCAAGAUUGUCUCCGUCGAGAGAUAGAGAUAGGGAAAGAGACAGAGAUCGGGAGAGGGACAGAGAAAGAGAUCGCGACCGGGACCGCGACCGCGAUCGUGAUCGCGACCGCGACAGAGACCGCGAGCGGGAUCGAGAUCGCGACAGAGACCGCGAGCGGGAUCGAGAUCGCGACUUACUGCCCAGAUAUCGAUCGCCAGUCAGAUCACCUCCAAGAUUUCAAAGAGAGAGGGAUCGCGAGAGAGACAGGCCGCGAUCACGUGAGCCUCGAGAUGGAUACAACACUUAUUACGGCGAUUCGCCGGCUCAUGAUUAUCCAUUCCGUGAUCGUGAGCGCGAUUUACCGCCUAGGGAGAGACCACUGCCGAGAUAUCCUAUAGGAAGAAAUCAGCCAUCCCAACACAAUAUACCACCGUUGAUGCCGCAUCUAGUCACUGGAGGUCACCCACCACCACCACCGCUUAUGUCAUUGGGACCUUCGCCUACGGACAGGAAAGACUAUUAUGAUUCCUACAACAGAUAUUCCGGACCUCCGCCGCCGCAGCGUUUUAGCAGUCCUCUGAGGGAUUCUUCGUCACAUAAGCGAUUUGACGACGUAGCACCGCCUGGUACUGAGGGCUAUUACGAUCUCUCGCCACCGGGUGUCGAACAUUCCGAGAGACCGUCGAGGGACGAUCGUGAAAGGCAACGUUCCCUGAGGGAUCAGGAAGAUAGGGAGCAUUCGUCCAAGGAUCGCGAUAACGACGAACGUGAUAGAUUGAGAGACGAUAGGGGUCGCGAACGUGAGGAUCGUAUGCGCGAGAGGGACGACAGAGAUCGCAGAAUCGUAAACAGAGAUCGCGAGGAUCGCGACAGGCAGGUUCCGCCUAGAGAACAUGAGGAUAGGAUACGAGAGAAAGACGAGCGCGACAGAAGAGAAAAGGAUAAGGAACGAGACGAUAGACACAUUCGCGAUCGUCGAGAUGAUGAUAGGCAUGUCGAGAAGAAAGAUUAUGACAAAGACCGUUAUAGAGAUGAUCGAGAUCGCCAUAGGCAGGACGACAAGAACCGGCUGCGAGAGAAAGAGAGACGAGAACGCGAAUACGAGCCCGAGAAAGACAGAGAUCGUCACGAACGAUACGAGAGACGUUCGGUAGAGCGGAAAAAGAGCAGGAAGAGCCUAAGUCCGUACUCGCAAAAGUCCAGGGGCGACCCUAAAGAUUUGUCGCCAGAACGAAGUACGAAGAAGAAGGAAAAGGACCACGAGGAAAAGGUGGAGGAGAAGAAGAAAGAGAAGAAGAUAAAGGAGAAGAAGAAGAAGAAGGAUAAUGAUGAGAAGGAGAAGAAGAAGAAGAAGAAGAAGGACAAGAAAUCGAAUCAGAAAGAAGCAGCUAAGGACGAUCCGACGAUCAAGACGAUGGAGACGGACGACCUGCUGGUCGAGAGUAAAACAAGUAAUGAUACUUUGUCUUCGCCGCUCAACAAGACCGACUCCGCGAAGGCGUGCAACGAGGAGGCUAACAUACAGAAUAGGAUCGAAUGUAUCUCCAAUCAAGUAUCUAUCGUGCCGAUCAAAGAGGAAUUCGAGGAUAAGUCUCUGGCGAUGAAUCCGGAACCGCCGGAAUUCAACGAACCCAGCCCUGGCAGUGGUCGGCUAGAUCGUGCAGAAUUCGGCACGAAUCCACCGAAUCCAAACUUUAAACCGAUCCCGGAACUCAAGUCGGAUAUGAAACCGAUCGACAGCCUGUACGGAGGAUUGGACGACACGGAGAUUAACACUGUGAUCACGGAGAAGUAUUCUCUACUCUCGGAACACUCGCAGACCGAGACUAAGGAAGCUAUCACCGUGCUAGCGACGGAGAAAUCACCAAAGAAGGAUGAGUUUCUGGCACCACUACCCGAGUUGUCCAAGUGGGAAAGGGACGAUACGAUCGAAAAAGCCGAGGACGACGACGAUGACGACGACGAGGCGAGCGGAUCGCCGACGGAAAAGACACAGAGAGAGGACGAGCCGAAAUCGAUCAAGAUGGUCACGUCGGAGGUGCUGAAGCGUGCAGAGAACGCUAUAUUCCAAAAGGCCAUUAAUGCGAUCCGACCGAUCGAGAUCAAGAAGAUCAGCGAAAGCAGAAAGAUAUUGUAUCAGAAUCCUGAGCCUAAGGUGCUGGAGACGGUGGAGCCCGCCAAUCGAGAACCGCGAAAGAGCGUCAACGUGACGAUCAACGUUGGUAGAAACGAGAGGAAUGUCGAGAUCACCGAACCGGCGAAGAAAGCCAAGCUCGAUCGUACCAAGUUCAAACCCGUGCCAGAGACAGCCUACUCGCCGACCAGGCUGUCUGCCAAGGAGAGACUCGGUGAGAAGAUUGAGGACGGCAAGGAGAGAAAGGUCAGUCCUAUAAAGGGAUUCAUGGAGAGGCGUGACGGCAAGAACGAGAAUCAGUCGAGAAGUCGAUCGCCCAGGAGGGAAAAGAGGCUCUCCUCUCCGCUCUUGGAGUCGCGACGCGUAGAGUCCUCUUCGUUGGGUUUAACUACAACGAGCGGCGAACGAAAAGUUUUCUUGGAAGAGAGAAAACGGGACAAGGAUAGAGGCGAUCGGUCGAAGGAGAGGUCGGAUUUCCGAAGCGACAGACACGGCAGCGAGUUGAAACCCGAGAGGGAGAGUAGAGUCGAUUGUAGAACGGACUUUCGUUCCAAUAGAAACGACGUGAAAGGAGAACGCGUGGAUAAGGAUCGCGACAAAGACCGAGACCGCGAGCACAGAGGUAGGACACCCCCCUCGGCUUGCGCGUUUAAGAAAACGGAAAUGUCAAAGGUCAGCUUGUUGAAAUCGAAAGAUGACGAGGAAGAGAAGAAGCGUGACAAGAAAUCGCGGGAGGAAAAGAAGAGAAAGAAGGAGCACCGCAGCAGGAGUAAAUCCAAGGAGCAUAAGAAGCGCAAAGAGAAGAAGCACAAGAAGGAUAAGGAUAAAAAUCAGGAGAAGAAGCAAAAGCACAAGGAGGCCGCGAUCUCGAAGGACAAGUCGGAUGGUGGUAACGAGACCAAGAUCAGUUACGAGAACGUUGAGCCGCCUCUGGCAGAGUCGUCGAAGAAACAAAGGAAGAAUCCGAGACUGGUGUCUGAUCGCAAGCGCAGUAUACUCGACGAGGCGAGCUUCGAACCCGAUUAUUCAGCUUCGGACUCGGAAUCGGAUGGCGAGGAAGGUAAUAAACCGUCACCCGCGAAGAAGCUGAAGCUUGACGAAACGGAAUUGAACAAGGAGAUGGAGAUUAAGUCCCUGAAGAAACGAUCAAAGUCCAGUAGCAGCGAGGACACGUCCAGCAGUUCCGACACAACGAGCUCCGACUCGGAUAGCAGCGACGAGUCGCAUAAGAAGAAAAGAAAGAAGCAUAAGAAGCACAAGAAGAAGAAAUCUGCCAAGAAGGAUAGCAGUUCGGACUCGGACACUUACUCUGAUUCGUCUGACAGCAGCAGCGAUGAAGAGAAACAUAAAAAGAAGUCGAAAAAAUCAAAGAGCAGAAGCAAGCAGUCGAAGAAGAAGAAGAAAUCCAAGCAUAAAUGACAUCGCUAGAUGUCUUUGACGCUCGAUCAAAGAGAACUUUACCUUUUACCUUUUACCUUUUACCUUAGAAAAGGGCAGAGAAAGGAAAAAAAGGCCAGAACUCUUUUUUUUCUCUUAGAAUAUUAUUAAAUAUCACGGAAACCAUUAUUAUUAUUAUUAUUAUUAUUUUGUACUUUGUUGCUACAAUUCAGCGUGUGACAUAGUUUUUUUUUUUUUAACAGAUGUCCUUUAGUAAUAGGGUAUUUAUUGAAUGAUUUAUUGGCAUACAAAUAAGUAAACACUUUUAAGGCUCAGUCACAAUCAGAGGAAUAAGGAAUAAGAUAAAGGAAUCAGGAAUAAGGCAUAUUGCAUCUCACUUUAAUGUACGUGUACUGAAGUGAGAUGCGACAUUCCCUUAUUCCUUUAUCUUAUUCCUUAUUCCUCUCAUUGUGACUGAGCCCUUAGCACACGAAACAAAUUAACAGUUCGAGGAGAAGAAUAAGAGAAAAAAGAAACAAAUGUUGGGAACACGUACAAUAGUUAAACUGUUCUAACGUGAGAGAAAGAAAAGAAGAACACGAUGGCCUUUGCAUAAUUAUCACGUUCCGACUUGAUAUGUUAAAGAACUAUAUAUACACAUACGCGCGCGCGCGCGCGUAUGUAUGUGUAGAUAUGCACAUAUAUAUGUGGGUGUGGGUGUGUAUGUAUAUAUGUAAGCUUAUUAUUACAAUAAGCCAUGUACAUUGUAGCUUAUGUAAUUUUAUGGCACGUUUGUCAAAAAGCGAUAAGUCUUUGAGAAACUUGAUAAUUAUAUGACGAGUAUAAGAGGAUAAUUUUAUUUAGAGAGGAUCUCUGCUGUCUAUCUAUAUACAUAUGUAUUUCCCUUUCCUUCUCUCUCCCUCCCUCUUUCACUUUCCACCAUUAUAUUGUACUUUCGUAAUCUAAUGUCAAUAUGUAAGAAAAAUCACAAAAUAAAAUGGAAAAAAAUCUUUUAA